CUUGGAUCUAGGAAUACUCCAUGCAGGGACACACUCUCUUUUCUUCAUUUCUCUUCACCCCACUGACCAUCACAGAUCAUUCGCUUUGUCAUUCUUUUGGAUCCUCUAUAAUCAGCUCAUGUCGUAUCGUAUAGUCCACCUCUGUCAACCAAUUGACCGACACCCCUUGUAACCAAUAAUAAGUAUGAGCGAUAUCAGUACCGAGGAAGAGCAAAGCCCAAACCCAACGUUUUGGCUCGAGUUUCGCACUUUUGACGAUGGCCUCUCGUCGCAAGUCAACUCGUCAUCCACUCUCACCGAAUUUCCUCAAUUCGCACAACUACCGCCUGAGCUGCGUCUACGAAUAUGGUCGUGCCUCAUUCAACCCCGCAUCACCGUCGUCUGCUGUCUUCAGCGCGACGAACGGCUUGAUCAAAGACUUGCUGAGCUAAAUCAGCGGUCGCAUGGAAGAUCGGUGCCUGUGUUAUUGCACAUCAACCGCGAGGCACGAUAUCUAGCCUUGCAGCAUUAUGAGCUUGCCUUUGGCUGGCGUAUAUCCAAGCUCCUCUCAGAUACGCCCGUAUCUGAACCACCGCGCGUGUGGUUCAAUUUCGACCUUGACGCUGUAUAUCUAGCAGGCGAACUAGAGGCAUAUGACAUCUACGGUUUCAACUCGGCAAUGGUGUAUUUCUUACGGCGGGAAGACACCCGCAGGGUCAAGCAUCUCGCCUGCGUACUCUCGGAGCUCGGCUACGCGGAGCAGGAAAGUGAUCAGGUUUUUGGAUGCUUGUGGCAUGUUGUCGAUGGCUUUCCGGCUGCAAAGAAGGUCCUGCUGGUAGUGGGUGAAAAGGAUGAGGAGGCUUUGAAAGGAAGUAAGUUGUUGAGCACAGAUAACGUGAUGCAGAAGAUAUGGAAUGGUUUCUUGGGUGGAUCGGCAACCGAGACAAGUUCGAGGAUGGCGGACAAGUCAAUGCUUAUGAUCGAAGAACACGAUCUACCGGGGUUCAUUGCAAGGCAGUAGCCUGGUCUUGAUUAUAAGCGAAGCGAAUAGGCGAGAAGAACCACGGAGUUACCUCAGUCUAUAGGCAGUCUCACAUGAGCUCUACCCCCAUUGGAUGCUCUUAUCUUGCAACUACUGACAGGGGACGGGAAGACUAUGUGUUUUAGAUGGUGGGGAUGGUGUAGGUAGUUAUAUUUAGAAUAGAGCUCUCGAGUCUUAUAACAGUUGCAUUGCAUUUGCCUUUACUGUUCCAACGUGUGGGUUACUUGUGGUGCAGCGGAUCAAGAGCUCGAUAGCAGUUUACCAUGUCAAGUUAAAUUUUAGCAAAUACCUUGAGCUUAUAUCACUAUCAUGUUCAGUUCUGUCGUUCUUUGACGUUGAGU